CGUCUUGGUUCCCGCCUCGAAGAAUGUUAGAAGCCAAGAGCCUCCGCAAAGCUCUUAUACCGCCGUCCCUCAUCCCCAACCCAUCUCCGGGGAACCUCCAGUCCACUCGCCUUGCUCUCCUAGUUAAUGGUGAUGCUUCUUCUUGCUCCGUCUUCAUCGCCUCAGGUUGUCGGGUUUACAAGAUCGAGGUUUCUAUGGAUGAUUCUGUGGUUACCAAGGGAAAGGAAAGCCUCCUGAUUCCUGUUCAAGCACAUGUCAUUCGCUCAUCAGAAGUUGAUCGUUGUCCCCAUCGUUCAGAGAUUCAGAGUGUAGUUCUUGCAGAGGGGGAUGGUGAUAAUUGUUUAGUCAUGGGCACAGUAGAUUCUUAUGGGCACCUGAUAGUAUCCCAGUUGGAUGCAGUUGGUUCGGAUAUUGACAGGCUUUCAUACUCAGUGCUGCCAAAGGACAGUGGGGCAGGGGAGGGAAGUUGGUCUGGUGUCUGCUUCAGCCCCAUUCACUGGUCUACAGCAGCAGUUGCUCGUAGCUUUUGCAAGAGUAUCGAUAUUUAUGACCAAGAUAUUCAUAUACGGAGUUUGCAUACAUUGUGGUAUCCUGCUGCAUUAAGCUUUCUGGGCAGUUCAAUAACUGGAGAUGGGAGUUCUUCAGUUGUGGCUGUUGCUGAAGGCUCUCAGCUGACAAUAUGGGACCUCAGGACAAACCAUAAUGGUGGCUGUGUGCAGCGUAUCUGUGGUUCUGUUGGAGAUCUCAUAUAUGCUGUUUGCUGUUCUCCAUCUGGGGCUGUUGCAGUGGGUGGAUCUGAUCGUACUGUAACAAUUUAUGACCCUCGUAGGUGGUCAGCCAUGUCAAGAUGGGUGAACUGUUCUAAAUAUGAGAUUACGGGCCUAUCUUUUUCAUCUACAGACUCCACUUGUGUAUACAUACAAGGUGUUGAUUAUGAGGUUCUCUGUGGACAGUGGAAGGAAAACAAGAAAAUAUUCUCAUUUAGAGGAGACUCAAAUUGGCUGGGCUUUAGUAAGUGUGCAAAUAUGGAUGUUUUGGCUGGAUGGUGCGAGUCUGGUAGCAUCUUUGUGGCUGAUGUGUGGAAUCCUCAAUCUAUUUAAGUGGCCAAUGAAGACUGGGGAGACAUUGCGAAGAUAAAAAAAAAAACAAUUUGGAGCUCAACUGUCGCAUUAUGGAUGACACCUCUCAUGCCCAAUAACCAUCUGCCACGUCAGCGCACUGACCUAGUUGGCCGGUAUUCUGAACAGAAGACAGCCGGGUCAUAUAUAUGCUUGAAUUAUAUUUAACCAGUGAUCCAGAAAAAAGGCCGUCCUUGUCUCUGUCAUUAGUUCCACACCCUCAGGAGUCAACCUAACUGAUGCUACCUAUUUGGUAGGAGAAUUACGAAUAAGCCAAUUAAAAGCACCUACAUGCUACAGUGUCAUGUUGAAACAUUACACGUGCUGCCUCAUGUAUUCCAUUUCAUUGAGGGUUUUACUAAUUCCUCUCUUGUAUCAAACCUAAUACUAAUUCUUGUUCAUCCACCU